AUGGAGCCGGAUCUGUCCAGUAGCAUAUCUUUGCACCCUCAUCCCUUCAAAACCCAGUCCGACACAGCAAACAUCCCUCGCGUGACAGGAGGCCCCCGUUCGCCCACAGUCGCUUCCAUGGCGUCCAUGUCCAGAGAGCGUGAGGGUGCUAACAGUACGGCUGUUGAGGCCAACGAUGGGGGCGAUGACGUUGCUGUUGCCCGUCAUCACACAGGUUCCGCAAAUCCUGACGUCGAGGUUGAGAGUCAGCGUGCCGGCCGCUUCACCCUGCCCGAUGCCGGCAACGAUCCAUACGGCCUGUCGCGUCGCUACAAGACCCCUUCUGAGCUUGCCGAAAUCAAGGCAAAUUCGUCUCGCAAACGCGAUGCCGCCCAACCAACUUCCGGCAAUGUCAAGACCUCCAAGGUCGGCCGGCUUGUGCGCUUGCUAAACCCCUUUGGCUCCUCGGCCUCCAGGGCUCGCCGGCUCCACGGUUUCUAUGAGGCCCAGAAUGAGACCAUUGAGCGCCUGCUCAAGAGCGUCGAUGAACACCGUGCUGCUGCCCGCCAGGAGGAAGGCGAGGACCACCUCAAGUUUAAGAUCGCCGUAUGGGGUUCGCUGGCCGCCAACAUCAUCUUGUCGGCCCUGCAGCUCUAUGCGGCCAUCUCCUCGGGCUCUCUCUCGCUCUUCACUACCAUGGCGGAUGCCAUCUUUGACCCUCUCAGCAACGUGACUUUGAUCCUCACCAACCGCGCCGUGCGUCGGGUUGACCCGAACCGCUUCCCCUCGGGCAAGGCUCGUCUGGAGACCGUCGGCAACAUCACCUUCUGCUUCCUCAUGACGGCUGUCUCACUCAUCAUCAUUGCUUUUGCCUCUCGUGACCUGGCUGAGAACACUGGAGAGCUCAAGAAGUUCCAUCUGCCCUCCGUCAUCUCGGUCUGCGCGGCCUUCGGCACCAAGUUUACCCUUUUCCUCUACACGUGGUCCAUCAAGAACCGCUACAGCCAGGUCGGUAUUCUUUGGCAGGAUCAUCGCAAUGACCUGCUCAUCAACGGCUUCGGCAUCUUGACUGCCGUCGGCGGUGCCAAGCUUGUCUGGUGGCUCGACCCUGCCGGUGCCAUUUUUCUGUCUGCCCUCAUCUCCGGUCUUUGGCUGCGCACUGCGUUCACCGAGUUCAUGCUCCUCGUCGGCGUCGUUGCGUCGGUCGAGAUCCAGCAGCUCAUCACUUAUGUCUGUCUCACUCACUCGCCACUGAUCAAGCAGAUUGAUACGGUCCGUGCCUAUCACUCGGGUCCUCGUCUCAUUGCUGAGGUUGAUAUCGUCAUGGAUCCCGAUGCUACUCUCGUCGAGACCCACGAUGUCGCUGAGGAACUGCAGAUGAAGCUUGAGAGGUUACCCGAUGUUGAGCGAGCUUAUGUCCAUGUGGACUAUGAAACGACGCACAAGCCAGAGCAUGCUUUCAAGAAGGACCUGUAA